AUGAUAAGUAAAUUGGAAAUAAUUCCAAAUGAAAUAUUAUUAAGUGUAUUUUGUUAUUUAUCAUGGGAUAAACUUUUAAUGUCCUUAUGGUCGUUAAAUAAACGAUUUAAUUCUCUUAUUUAUUCAAUAUUUUCAAACAAUAAAAAUGGAAUUAUUUUUAACGAAUCAAAUUUAUCUUAUGAAACAUUUUCAUCAAUAUUAUUACCAUUAAUAUUUAAUUCAUCUCCAUCUAUUGCUUCGAGUAUAAAAUACAUGCAUUUUGAUGGACGUAAAUCGAUUCCUUUUGAUUUUGUUUAUCAAUCCCUUUGUAACAAUGAUCAACAAAUGUGCUUUCCUAAUCUUAAAUCACUAUAUAUUACUCGAUGUUUUUUAACUAAACCACUAAUUCGGACAUUAUCUGUACUCAUUCAAUAUCAACUAAGUCACCUUACAUUAACAUUUCAUGAAGAUAUGUUUAAGGGGGCUGAUUAUUCACGAAAUCAUUCAUUAUUUAUUUUGGAUAAAGGUAAUCCAUAA